GCUACAUGAAAAGCUGGAGCUGCGCAAGGAGGAGGAGCGUCGUCUCGAAGAAGAAGAACACCGUCGCGAAAUAGAGUACGAGAAGCAGCACCAGCUGCACGAGGCCAAGUUCCACCUGGACAUGAUCAAGCGGCGCGAAGAGGAGCGGCGCACUAGCAGAGCUCUGGCGGCAAAAGAUACGAGGGACCCCUUGCGAGAUACCGCCAAGUACCAGACCGAGACAGUUGGUGGUGAUCCGAUGUGGCCCACGGCAGAAAUUCUCGGUAGAGCCGCCACAGGGAGUAGUGAUGAGAGCGAUGACAGACACUCGGCACCAGAACGAACCACACAAUCAGGCACCGCUGUUGUUCCGGGUAUCAGCAGGUACGAAGAACGCAAAGACGACUUUGUACAUCUUGUUUAUAAGAACGCCGUGUACCCUGAGGAUUUUCCUGCGUACUCAAUUAGAGACGGUAAACUCCUGUUCAGCGAUGUAAAGGAGCGCGUAGCAAUGAAUUCGGAAAUUUCCGAUCGCCACGGGAGGAUCCGUCUACACUAUAAGGGCAGGCGCUUGAGGGACGAUGACAAGCUUGUUGAAGAGUAUGGAGUCAAGCACAACAGCAAAAUCACGGUUACGACAAGCGAGUGGGAAUCUGAGAGCAGCCGACAUGAAGAUGUCACCAUUCGGGCGAUGAAGGAGGAUGAGAUAAUUGGAGUAGAUGGUAUUACCCAGGAGGAGGAGGAACCUUCAAGUGCGCCAACAGGUCCCAAGCGACAACUUCCCGAGUCCGCCAAAUACUCGGAUCAGUUUCAAGCGUUGGGAACGCCGGAUGCAUAGAUCCCGGACGAGCCGGCAAGCCCGUCACAACACGUUGAGCCGGUACCGCCGCCCUCUGUACCUCAGGUUGCUGCUCCACCACACCCCGAUUCGGCCCAGGACAGCAAUUU